GUCACGCACGGUGCGCUCCGCCGCUCUGACGUCACGCCGCCGCCCCCCCGCCGGUUCUCCCUCCUCACGGCGCUUCUCCCGCCGCUCCGCUACGUCAAUUCCGUUUCCCGCCUCAAUCCUCUCGCAGCCUCCGGAGCGUUUCCGGUUCCGGCCACGCCCCCCAUUGACCACCAGCUCCCCUCACGGCUUCCCGCGCUCGCGGAGUCUCCGCUCCCGCCGCCGCCGCUGAUUGGUCCCGCGCUCUGAGGGGCGGAGCUUGAAGGCCAAAGGGGGCGUAACCAGUGGCGGAAAGGGCGGGGCCAGCGCCAUGCCGAAGCGCGGGAAGAAGAAGGAGGAGAACGGGAGCGAGGACGAGGCCGGCCCCGCCCCUGCCAAGGCCCCCAAGGCCUCCCCGGCCCCGCUGUACGAGGACCCGCCCACCCGCGAGGCCACGCCCGAGGGGCGGCGCUGGACGCUCAAGGUGACGUCAUGGAACGUGGACGGGCUGAGGGCGUGGCUUAAAAAAGGCGGGGCCAAGUGGGUUCAAGAGGAGGCCCCGGACGUGCUGUGUCUGCAGGAGACCAAGUGCGCGGAGUCGGCGGUGCCGGCCGAGCUGCGGGAGCUGCCGGGGCUGCCGCACCAGUUCUGGAGCAGCGCCAAGGACCGGCCGGGCUACAGCGGCGUGGGGCUGCUGGCCAAGACCGAGCCCCUCGACGUCACCUACGGCAUCGGUGACCCCGAGCACGACGUGGACGGCCGGGUGGUGACGGCCGAGUUCCCCUCGCUGUUCGUGGUCUGCGCCUACGUGCCCAACGCCGGGCGCGGCCUGGUGCGCCUGGAGCCGCGGCUGCGCUUCGACGCCGCCUUCCUGCGCUUCCUGCGCGGCCUGGACGCGCGCAAGCCCGUGCUGCUCUGCGGCGACCUCAACGUGGCGCACCGCGAGAUCGACCUGUGCCACCCGCGCGCCAACCGCGCCAGCGCCGGCUUCACGCCGCAGGAGAGGGACGGCUUCACCAGGCUCCUCGAGAGCGGCUUCGUGGACUCCUUCCGGCACCUGUACCCCGAGGCCAAGGGCGCCUUCACCUUCUGGACGUACCUGGGCGCGGCGCGGGCGCGCAACGUGGGCUGGCGGCUGGACUACGCCGUGGUGUCGCAGCGCCUGGCGGGGGCGCUGUGCGACUGCAAGAUCCGCAACACGGUGCAGGGCAGCGACCACUGCCCCAUCACCGCCCUGCUGGCCGUCUAGGGAGCGGCUGUCGUGCCGAUAUUGGGGCGAGAUUGGGCAAAAUCGGGCAAAGUUGCAUUUUAAUAUGCUUUCGGCUUUUAGUUUGGUGGUUUGGGCCCAAAACUGGCUAAAAUCGGCCCAAAAUGAGCCUAAAUUGACUUAAAAUUGGUCAAACUCACAGACGUUUUUAAGUGCAUGUGUCGUUGCCCAAAAUUGGCUCGUUUUGGCCCAAAAUUGGCCUAAAUGCGAUCAGAAUUGCUCAAAAUUGGAGUUUGACGCAUUUCCCGCUCUUGAUUACACGUGUUUUAGCCCAAAA